CCUGACUUGCUAUGGAUCAACACCAGGACUAUAUGAACAACGCCCCUAACACCUACAGCUACAACUCCGGGGACACCAUGAGCGCUUCCUUAGCCGGCAUGACCAUCAACGACCUGCAUCACCAGGAGAACGGGGUCCAGCUGGGGCACAGGAGCCCAGGGGAUGGCCCCAUGAAAGCAACUGGAGGAACAGCCUCAACAGCUCAAGCAAAGAUUGAAAACGACAAUGCUGAUAAGAAGACUCUGGGUGGUGCCAGACCUCAGGCCCCCGGAACCAAGAUUCCCGCCAAAACCCCAGCUCCAGCAAGCGGCAAGAACAAAGACAACACCAGUGGACAGAGCAGCCCUGGUACUCCCAAGUCCCCCUCCAGCAAGAUUCUUCCCGGGAAGCCCUUGGCUGUGGCCACAAACCAGGUGAAAAAGGUUGCGGUGGUGCGCACCCCACCCAAGUCCCCUGGCUCUCUCAAGAGCCGUGCCCCUGCACCCCUCACCGCAGCGGCCCCUUUGCCGGACCUGAAGAACGUCAGGUCCAAGAUCGGCUCCACGGACAACAUCAAGCACCAGCCUGGAGGAGGAAGGGUCCAAAUCCUCGAGAAGAAGUUGGACGUAAGCAAUGUCCAGGCUCGUUGUGGAUCCAAAGCCAACUUGAAUCACACUCCUGGAGGAGGCAGGGUUCAAAUAGUCCACAAAAAGAUUGACCUGAGCAAUGUUAAAUCAAAAUGUGGUUCUACAGCCAACAUCCACCACAAGCCAGGUGGUGGGAAUGUUGAGAUCAAAUCUGAGAAAUUGGAUUUCAAUGUCCAAUCAAAGAUCGGCUCCAUGGACAACAUUGGGCACGUGGCCGGAGGUGGACAGAGGAGGAUUGAGAGCCACAAGCUGACGUUCCGUGAGACGGCCAAGGCACGCACUGACCACGGGGCCGAGAUUAUUUCCCUGGAAGACGACCCCCUGUCCCACCAGCUCAGUACCUUGUCCUCCUCCGGCUCCAUCAACAUGGCUGACUCACCGCAGCUCUCCACACUCGCCGACCAGGUAUCUGUCUCGCUGGCCAACCAAGGCUUGUGAUUGGCUUGGUGGCACACGAUGGCCGACCGGAAGUCUCCUGACCGACCACACUACUUUGACUGCCCGCGUCAGAGGAGUCUUGACGCCUGUCGCCUUCCUCCUCCUUUUCACGGGACUUUUUUAGCUAUACCCAUCACUGUUUCUCUUCCAUCACCGACUGUUCUUCUUCAUGAUGCAUUAUUGUUAGAAAAGAGAUCUUUAAAAAAAGAGAUUCAAGUAGGUCAAGUUAGAUUAUUUAAUUUCUCUCUUGAUCUAUUUUUGUUGUCAUUAUUUGUACCGUUUGUAUAAAUGGCCCUUUAAGAGUUUAAAGAAAACAAACAUCCAAACAAACCCAGAGUCCUACAAGUGUUUCUGGACAUUUUAUUUGAACUUUCACCUAUAUUUAAUUCACUUUAACUCGUUUUACUCAUUUUACUGUCACAAUGACUGCGAUUCGAAGCCCUUAUUGUACAAAUGUCCAUUUUGAUGUGCAAAUGAUCUGUGAUGGCUGUCUCCUGAAUGGCUUUUUGAUACAUGGAAAACAAGAGGUUUGAGAGAAGUGGGCUCCCUUUUACAAUGUAUUGAACAUAAGAAAACACAUCAUCCAGGUAGUAUAAGGCAAAGAAGUGAGGAAAGGUGGGCUCAUGUAGCAAAAGCUCUCAUUCAGACAGUAAAAUGCUUUUAGACCUCCCCAACCUGCUGUCUGCUUUGGUUGCCUCUAUACACUGCAUACCAAGGUAGUAUAGUUCAGAGGUAAAAAUUUCCUUCAUGGACAAAAGAAGAGGGAUACAGAAUGUUUAGCGUAGAAACCUUGGUUUGUGUUGGGCACACACUUUCUAUUUGUAUUCUGUGGAUAUGACAUGUAUUUGAUAUGGAAACAUUUAUAUCGUGCCUGCUACUGUCAGUGUUAAUUUAUUUUCAAUAUUAUUCUGUUAUGGCUCUAUUGUAAAUGCGUUUCAGCUUUUGUCUUAUGCGGUGUGGCAGUUUACAUUUAACGUAUGCAGGCUACUAGUGACAAAAUAUUUGUUCAUGUUUAAAGAAGACAUGAAUUAGAGGGGAAUACUAAAUUACUAAAUUAACAGGCUUAGCUAUGCCAGGCAAAUUGUCUAACAAACUAUGGGUUGUGUCAUUUAACAUAAGACACAUAAUUUCAGUCAGGGACUGAAUUUCUCGCUAAUUUGGCUUCAGAUCACAGUAAUGCAGUAGUUGGUAAACUCACCCAUUUUUUUAUGACCGACGCUUUCUGAACUUUUAAUUUCAUGGACAUGGCUUUGUAAAAUGUAUAGGAUAACUGCCUCAUAGUCAGUUGAGCAGCUAAGUACUAGAACCAAAAGUCAAUACAAAAUACUGAAAAAACAGGCAGUCAAAGGAAAGUCAAAACACAGGAGAAAAAUUGCUGAAGUGACAUGAAGAAAUCGGUUACAUUUAUCAUAAUAAACUCUGCAACACAUGUAGUCAAAUCAACAUAAAAACAAGCAGAAAAACAUAGCUUGUCCCAAGAUAUUAAAGGUAGACUCAGCAAUAUGACAUCAUCAUUCACAGUGGGGCAACUUCCUGCUUACACACAAUUCUGCCCGACUACAUUGCAGACGCCUGCCAGAUCUCACAAUGCUUGGAUAGGUGUUUAACUAUCAGCUAAACACAUCAUAUGAUUUAGCAAUCUGGUGCCCGACUGCACAGUUGAUGAUGUGGCACGCAACCAUUGGUUGAUGCAAUCCAACGCCUGAGCAGGCAAACACAACCACUAUAGUGCGUUCAAGAAAACUGGAAAAUCAGAAAAGAACAAACUGGGAAGAAUCUUGACGUCAGUGAUCUUCAGGUCAGACAAGUCGGAGCUCUAGGAUGAUGUCCGAGUUUCUGAAUUGUAAUUCCGAGUUGGAUGACCGUCCGUUCAAAACUAUUUUUCCCAGUCAGAGCUGUUUUUUUUCCAGAGUUCCCAGUUGUCUUGAGUGCACUGAAGUCGGAGGUCAGAGAUUUCCUUGUUCCGAGUUGGCUGGAACGCACCAUAAGCAACAACUGAAUUCCAAUCGCCCAAGACUGCCCUAUUGGUUCUUUCAGGUAUGUCCACAUUGGGAGGAGCCAAUUGGCAGUCUUGGCAGAUUAGAAUUGUGUUGAAUAGAUUUUUGUAAGCAGGAAGUUGCCCCGCUGUAUGUGAUGAUGUCAUAUUGCUCACUCUACCUUUAAGUUUAAAAAAAUGUGCCCUAAAAUGUUUAACCAUCUGUCACAUGGAGCAAGGUACCUUUCGGAUAUAUUUAGAUUUAGGCCUACUAAUUGCCUGUGCACGAGCAUGCUCGUCACACUUUCCUCAACUUGUCUCACGGGUUAUAAAGCUAUGGGUCCUUUCCCUGAAACGUAUACGACGGAAAUUUACAAAACUGUAUCAUAUGCUCAAAUGGAUAAGUGUUUUAUCCUAAUGUAAACCCACUGUGGUUCACCAAUCACCACUAUAUUAUUCUCGUCAUUGAUUGCCUUCCUAACUCCGAGCAAACAUACCAUCUUAAAAGUCCUUGCAUGGCAUUUCAUGUAAGAGUAAGCGGUCUGCCUCUCCUUUUACACUGUGCUUUCAUUGUACAUCCUGUAAUAUCUGCUUUGUAUAUAUAAGGAUACAUGUAGGUAUUAGUGCGAGGGAAUAGAACCCAAAAGGCAACCCUUUCCUUUAUGUGGAGAUUAAGGUGCAUUGAUAACAUUAUACGAUUUUCCAGUGUGUGUGUUUGACUUGUAUUGCCAAUAUAUAUUUCAUUGAGGACUCGGAACUGGCCAGGGCAUUUGAGAAAAAGUGUCCUUGCAACACUACAAUCUGCAUGCUAAACUGUUGGUUACUUUUCAUCAUAAUGGACAACAUUUGUUUGAAUGUGUUAAAUGGGUAUGUGCGCUGUGUUCUGUGUGGAUUACUGGGACUAAUAUGUUGGAGGGCAGGUACUGAUAAGUUCCAGUACUAACAAUAUCAGUACUCAAGGGAAAAAGUUUGGGGAAAGUAUUUUUUCUUUUUUGGUGGUCCUCUCCGCUAAGCCUCUGUUCUGAGGUCAAUGGAAAGAGUUUGCAGUAACACAUUUCAUCGUCACCCUUUUUGUUAUUUUUGCCGCUGUACAGUUGUGUGGAAAAUGUGAUUGUUGAUAUUGUUAUUGUGCAUUUUUAUCAAUAACUGGUGUAUGAUGAUUCUUGUCGCUGUGAAUUUAAAAAAUAAACUGUUAAACCAUG